GGCGUUUAUAUCUCUUAACCCUUCUUGCACAACAGCCGUGAGUCACCAUGCCUGUGGAUAUCAAUGAAUGGACAGGUUCUCUAGCGCUUACAGAGGUGGAGGAACCGCCAGCAAAGCCUCUCACUGUCAAAUAUGACUCUGUGGAGAUUGACUCGCUGGGAAAAGUGUGCACACCCACGCAGGUGCAGAAUCGGCCCACAUCUAUUGAAUGGGAAGGAUGUGACCCGAGUAAGCUCUACACGCUGGCCAUGACUGAUCCAGACGCACCCAGCCGAAAAGACCCCAAAUUUCGGGAAUGGCAUCACUUCCUUGUGGUCAACGUGAAAGGUAAUGACGUCUCCAGUGGAUGCGUCAUGUCAGACUAUGUUGGCGCAGGACCCCCGAAGGGAACUGGUCUCCAUCGUUACGUGUGGCUCGUUUAUGAGCAGUCGGGGAACAUCAGCUGCACUGAACGAGUCCUCACCAACCGCUCUGGAGACAACCGAGGAAAAUUCAAGAUCCAGAGCUUCCGCAAGAAAUACAGCCUCGGGGCUCCGCUCGCAGGCUCCUGCUUCCAGGCCGAGUGGGACAACUAUGUGCCCAAACUUUACGAACAGCUGGCUGGCAAAUAAAGACUGUUAAUUACAAUGUAUGUUAUCCUUUAGUCCAGUGAUUCUCAACCACGCUCCUGGAGAACCACCAACACUGCAUGUUUGGAUGUCUCCUUUGUUCAUCAAACCCAUCACAGGUCUUUCAGUCUCUGCUAAUGAGCUGAUGAUCUGAAUCAGGUGUUUGCUUAAGGAGACAGGAAAAUGUGCAGAGCUGGUGGUCCUCCAGGAACGUGGUUAGGAAAUACUGCUUUAGUCUGAAGAGCUCAACUCAAUACAGUUUCAGUAGUUUAAAGGGAUAGUUCACUCAAAACAGCUGAUUCUGUCGUUUAUUCUUUACUUUUUCCCAAAUGAGUUUUGUUUUCUUUAUUCUGGUGAAUACAAAAGAAGUUAUUUUGAAGAAAGUCGGAAAACAUUGACUUCCAUAGUAUUUGUUUUUUCCUGCUAUGGAUGUCAGUGUUUAUCAGUUUCCAGCAUUCUUCAAAAUAUCUUCUUCUGUGUUCAACAGAAGCCAGAAAUGAAGAUUUUGAAACAUCGUAGAGUGUGUACAUUUUCAUUUUUGAGUGAACUUUCUCUUUUAGGGUUGUCUCGAUACUGGAAUGUGGCACCAAUCAAUACUGAAAUUUGAAAAUUUCCCGCUAACAUUUGCGCGCUAUUGAGCAUGAUCUUAAACAGCGCUGAUUUGCCAUUGUGUUCACAUGCUCAACAGAAAACACUGUGAUUGGGCUUGAAGGUCAUCAGUUCAACGAACUCACCAGUGGUUUCUGCGUGUAACCACAAAUACAGGGACACUGGAGAAUUUUAAAGCAACGAUUCAUCAGCAGAUCGCUCGUAUGUCAGCUUAUAGAAAAACCAGCUAAUCUUUGCGCUUUGAAACACUCCAGUGUCCCUGUAUCCGUGGCCACUCUCAGUAAACAGCGGUGAGUUUGCUUAACUGAUGACCUUUAUGGCCAAUCACAGUCAUUUCUGUUGAGCAUGUGAAUGCAAUGGAAAAUCUGCGCUGUUUAAGAAUGCACUCAAAUUUUAGUUGGAAAAUAGACUUUUCAAAUUUCAGUAUUGAUUGGUACCGAACUCCAGUAUCGUGAUAACACUAAUCCCUUUAAAAAACAAUUAAUGAACUGUUUUUGUUUGGAUUUUUGCUUUAAAUGAAUUUCAGGUCUUAUUUUGCUUUGGUUGAAAUGGAAUUUAAUUUAACAAGUAACUUCAGUCUACACUUUCAUUCAUUGUCACUUUGCUUUGAUGCACUUAGACUGUCUUCAGUUAAAAAAAACGAGAUUUGUGUAAUCAUAGCUGCACUAUAAAAUACAGUAUCUCAAUAAUGGAAAAGACUCCAUUGAAAAAACUGGAUAAUAAAAGACAAUGUUACGACAAAA